CAACCAUGAGCUCGUUAACAGCGGAGGACUUGUGGCAGGUGAUGAGGCUUCAGAGGAUUGACGGGACAGAUAAUGACUUUCCAGGUUCUGGAUGCCAGAAAGAAGAUGGUCGUCGACUUUUAACAAAAUUGCUAAAAUGGGAAGAUUUUGAUGAAGAGAGAGAUUUAAAACCAGGCAUACUUCUUGACUAUCUAUAUGACACUAUUAUAUUUGCUGCUGACAAAGGAUUUCCAUGGCCCAGUAUUGCAGUGGCCAUUUGCUUUUCACAGGAAUUACUUUGUGAAACUAAAGGAAAAACUAUUCGGGAAGCUAUUGGAAGAUUGUGGGAUAAAUGUGAACAAUACCAAAAUAAACUGAAUUCUAAUUACCUCCAACAUUUAGCCAAUUAUUUACUUGGAACUUUCUUCAAACAUUAUCAUCUCUACCAAUUUGUACUGUGUAAGCUCAGAGAGGUUGAUCAAACCGUACAUGAACUUGUAGUCCAUGUACCCCAAGAAGUUCCACCUUUAAGGAAUGGAACAGACAUUGAGCUUUGGGAAUACCAGCAACAAUUGGCAAAGCUCAGUGAAGCUGAAGCCCAGUUACGUAAUGGUAUGUCAGCAUUUCGUGAGGACAGACUGUUAAAAAGUGAACAAGAAAUGGACAAGUUUUACAAGGACCUUAAAUUUCAAAAUAGAGAAGCGAUUGAUAAAGCAAAAUUAGAAGAAAUUGUCAAGGUUGCACACAAUAUGCAGAUGACAGCGAUUUCUGAAGUACUGCAAAAAGAGAUUGAAACUACAUUUCAAAUUCUAGAUGUAAAACUCCAGAAGACAACCAUACCCGUCCCAGCAUCUAAAUAUUCUCAAUUUUCUUCAAUGAUGGGAACGAAAGCUAGAAAAUCAAGCAAGAAGAAAUAGACAAUUUUAAAUAUUUCUAUUAUUAAUUACAUUGUUAGCAAGAAAUUAAAGUAGUCUUUAUAAGUGUAAAAAAAGUCAGGUUUUUCUGUUAGAUUGUAUGUCAACAAUCAAAGCUAUCACAAUAGCACUUUACUGAAUACUUGCACAUUUGGAAUUUUAAUUGCAGCAUUAUGCAUGACCAAGUUGCUUCACAUUCAAUUUUUUUCUCUGUUGAUCAAAUUAAGAAUAUCCAAAAUGAAUAUUGAAGUAAUUUAUGAAUUAUUUGCAUCUGUAACACACAAGUACUUAUGAUGAUUUAGCCCUAUCUAAAUUGAACUCUAUUGGCUUGCUGUAUACUGUGCAGCAGCACCUUGUCCCAUCUUUUACCUGAGAGAUGUACAAAUGAAAAUAGAUAUUAAUCUCCUCCCUCCACUCCCCCCCACCCUUGCCAUAUGAGUGAAGCACAAUAAUGUCAGGAAAUUGAAUUGGAUACUUCCUUGAGUGAAUACUCCUCUAAGGAAUUGCAAAGGAACUUGGACCAUGUUGGGCAUUCCUAUGAAUGCACUACUAAACUAGGAGUCCUGAAAUGUACAUUCCUGGGCCAACACCCACCCCUACUUCCACAUUAACAAUACACUCUUUACUUCUCUACAAAUCUGAAUUCCUCGUAACACCACAAUCCACCAAGCAGAGUGUUUUUCCCUGUCCACAAGCCAUUCUGAAUCCUAGUCCCUUACCCCUUCUGUUCCUCCAACUCUGGGUCUCCAAGCAGCACUAUUUCCUUUCUCCUAAUACUCACACCAACUUGACAAUCAGUUUCCUUCCUUCCCCAAGCUAGCAGAGUGGGGAAGGAAUCUCUUUUUUUCCACCCCUCUCUCUCCAACACGAACCAUAUGGCACAAUCCUUAAGUAGAGUCAGUUCCUUCAUCAUCUGCCACUGGAGUGGAGAAAUGGGAAGCAAUUUUUAAAAAAAUGUCCAACAACCAGUCUGGAUAGCUACAAUAAUAAAUGAGCUUCAAAAUAAAAUGAUCAUCAAAAUGGUUGUUGGCUCAUUAUUGUAUUCAUACCAUUUUGGCAAGGCCUUCAGGCUGUGAAGGAGCUGAGGUUUCUUUUGGAACCUCUUAGCAGUUUUAUAUCUUAAGAGAAUAAAUAAAUUAUUUUAGAAUAAAUAAAUAAUAACCUUUUGAUUUAAUUAACUGCAAUCAGUUAAUUUUAAACCUCACUACAAUCAGAUAAUUUUAAACCUCACUAAGAUGAUGUGUGAAAGGCAAGCUCAUAAUCCACAUAUUUCAAAUAGGAUCACAGUAUUCACCAAAUAUGACAUUAACAUUGUUAAUAUUUUGUUCAAUAUUUUAUGGACCUAUCAAUCAUAACUAUUAGCAGAACUUAAUUCUUGAUCUGCUGUUUGUUAGGAAAAAUACUUCUUAAU